UAUCAGUGUUUACAAAAAGGACACUUCCUUCCAUCUUAUUCAGUUUUUUUACGAUUCAUAUUAUUAAAUACAACGGACAAUCUUGUCUCCUCAACCCGGGAUGUUUGGCUAUCCCCUGCGGUUGGGAGUGGCUUGGGUGGUUGGUCUGUGCGCGAAGACCUGUCUCCUUUUCCGGGUGGUGUUUUUACAAGUACAUUCAUAUUCUCUCUCUGCCACACCUUCCAUCUUUAACUUAUUAGCCUACAAUGAGAGUUCACAGUUUAGCAAAAUAUCUACUUCUCGUCGGAUUUAUAACUUUUCUGGUGAAUGCCUUUUUGAAGACGGGAUACUUUGACUCGAAGAACAACGACAAGCAAACGCCAAUUACCGCUGACCUGUUCAAAGUGAUAUCUCCUUCAACUUACAGGUUCAUUUUGAAUCAACCUGCAGCGUGUGAACAGAAUCCGGACCUCGUUUUGCUGGUCCCAGUGGCGCCUGGCGAUAGCGAGUCGAGGAACGCUGUUAGGGGGACAUGGGGAAAACGGGAUGUGGUCCCAAAUAAGAAGAUAAUCAAACUAUUUUUCAUCGGAGUCUUGGAAGGCGAACAAAACGACAAGGUCAACGAUGGCCUCACACGAGAAAACCUUUUGCAUGGCGAUAUCAUUCUCAUGGAUUUUUUGGACAGCUACCACAACCUGACGGUGAAGACCAUGAUGAUGAUGAGCUGGAUUGCCAAUUAUUGUCGGAGUGCCUCUUAUGUUAUGAAGAUUGACGCAGAUAUCUUUCUCAACAUCUAUUACCUGAUUAACUUUUUGCCUUUUCCACCAAAAGCCAAUUUCAUCACCGGGUCGGUCAUCAAUGAUGGCGCGCCUCGAAGGAAUGCAAAGAGCAAAUGGUAUCUGUCAGAAGAGGUGUACCCGGAUUCCACAUUUCCCCCUUAUCUUUCAGGGGCUGGAUACGUGUUCACAACAGACCUCGCCGCAAAAAUAUCCUUGGCUCCAUCAAGAUAUGUGCGUCCGAUUCCAAUGGAGGACGUUUAUGUGGGAUUGUGUCUCAAAAAAGUUGGUGUCAGGCCGGUGUAUGGCAGAAGUAUGUUUUGGUUGAGAAAUCUUUUUGAAGUGCGCCACUUGCCCUAUGACAGGUGCGCUUUCGCCAAACUUAUCAUAGUCACAGACUUCCCCCCUGCCGAGCUGCUGAGAACUUGGUCAGAUUUUGAGAAAGAACAUGAUGCAUGCUGAUAUGCGUAGGCCUAUGUUAUUAAAUUAUUAUACAGGCCUAACCUCGCAAGACGACACUGGGAGUUAACCAAAGAUGUGUUUUGUAUGUUUUAUGGAAGUUGACGGCAGGGAAUUCCAAACACAUGUAGGCCUAUAUUUAAUAAUAGGCCUAUACGUUUUCUAUUUAAGUGCAAUUUAUGUUUAUUUGUAUUGUGCUUUUUAUACUUUUUGUUAUGUGUUGUACGCAAUUGUGUGCCUUUCUGAUUUCUGCAAUAUACGAUUUUCUAUGGGUUAAUUCACUGAGAACACGAAACUCUGCGGAAGUGUUCGCCUAUGUGCCUUUGGAUAUUUUGGCUGUGUUUUGUACUGCUGAAGAGUAUUAUUAAAACGUUUACCAUC